GGGGGAGGCGCCACCGCCGCUUCCGCGCGGAGCGGCCCCGGCCGCGCCAUGGAGCUCCUGCAGCCGGCCGCCCUCCUCCUCCUCCUUCUCCCCUUACUGCUCGUCCCGCUGGCGCUCCUGGCCAGGAGGCGCAGCGGCCGGAGGACACCUCCGCUCAGUCUCCUGGUGGUGGCUGGCUCCGGUGGGCACACAACAGAAAUCCUGAGGUUACUUAGCUGUUUGUCAGAGUCCUACUCUCCUAGACAUUAUGUUUUUGCAGACUCAGAUAAGAUGAGUGAAGCUAAAAUACGUUCUUUUGAACAAAAAAGGGCUGAAACAUUCCCCAAAUCCCAGUUCACCCUUCAUCGCAUUCCCAGAAGCCGUGAGGUUAGACAGUCUUGGAUCUCCUCUGUGGUAACAACCCUAUACUCCAUACUCUACUCUCUUCCUUUGACCAACAAACUGAAACCAGAUUUGAUAUUGUGCAAUGGACCAGGAACAUGUGUUCCUGUCUGUAUAUCUGCUCUUCUUCUUGGCCUUCUAGGAAUAAAGAGAUCAAUCAUUGUAUAUGUAGAGAGCAUCUGCCGUGUGGAGACUUUAUCCCUGUCUGGAAAGAUUCUUUACUACUUUUCAGAUUAUUUCAUCGUUCAGUGGCCUGAUCUAAAGGAAAAAUAUCCCAAGUCAGUAUAUCUUGGUCGAAUCGUGUAACAACAGAAGACAAGCUUUACCUAAAAUAAACUCUGCGAGCUCCUCACUGAAGAAUUGCAUUCAUGUAGCAAUUUAUUUUCAAGAAUUCCUGUUAAGAAAUUAGGCUAGUACUGGAAAAUGAGGCAAUAAUAAAGAUAUAUCUACAUUUAAAUAAAAUUUUUGUGUAGUUGUGUUUAUUGCUGUUUACCAAUGCUCCAUAAUGGCUUUUAAGUCAAUGCUGUCUCUGUUUUCAUCUAGGUUUCCUGCUAUGUGAAUGGUAAUUUUUGUCUACAAAUAAAUAUGGGAAUUUGUAUGAAUGUAACAUUUCCUUUAAGGAAACUUUGUGUUUUCUAAAUUGUAAGCAACAAAGUCUUUUUCUAGCACAACAGACUUUAUUUCCUGUAUACUAGCAGUGAAGUCCCUUGUGAAUCCUUAGAGUAUAAAGGAAACAGUUAUAUUAAGUUGGCUUCAUGACAGUUUGUACUCUACAGUCUUCCAAAACCCCCAAAGCAUUAAACCACUAUCAUUUUUCCUCUGGUCUUGUCAAAGCUGUCCUUAUAAUCUGUUGUGCACCUUUUGAAA